AUGCAGAAGGUAAAGAAGCCUCAGCACAUAGCGCGCAAGGAGCACGCGCGUUACAUCAACGAACUGGAGCGAAACGUGGUCAUGAAAGAGAAGGAAGUCGAGAAGAUGCGGAAGGCUAUUGCAGCACAAGAGCAGCAGCUUGCUGCCAUUCCAGACUUCGCCAUCACGUUUGUGGAGAAGCAGAUGAAGCUGAACAAGCACCACGCAGAUCUGGACGACAUCAAUAAGCGUCUGGACGAAGAGCUUAAGAAGCUCAAGGAUGUACCCAUUGAGGACCGUACAGCAGCUGUCCAAGAGACAUACACUCAACGCAUUGCAACUCUGGACGAGAGAAUUGCAAAGGCCAGAGAGUUUAAGACAACGCUAGAGGCCCAUCAAAAGGAGAUUGAUGAAAAGAAGCUGCUUCUAGACAGCAGGGCAUCUGAUAUCGAAGCAGCCAAAGCCAGUCACAGCGAAAAGCUCACUAAGAUAUCGGCCUCCAAACAUGUUCUUGCUGAGCUUAAGCAGAAGUUGGAAGCUGAGCGUUCAUCUGUCGAGUCCAAAUUGCACACACAGAAGCGGGAGUCCGAGAAAAUCACGCGCGUACUGGAGCGCCGUAACACCUACAUGGAGAGCGUGCAGAAGCACCUUAAGGAGAACUCUGUUGCCAUCAUGGCUGAGCAAGUCAAACGUCUUCUCGAGGACUUCAAGACUUACACACCUCCAUUCAUGGCUGCACGGGCCGAGUUUUUAUCUGUUCGUAGAAGAUAUCUGGCCGCAUCCAAGUCUCCUUUAACAGUGUAUGACCCGCUUCCCCGAGUGGUCAUAGGAGAAGGAGAGCUCUGGGAAAAGAUUGACAUGGAGGCCAGAAAUAUGGAGAUUCAAUCAAAGGCACAGCUAUCUAAUGAGGACACUAGUGGCGUGAAAGCUGAUGUACCCGAAGCACACUCUAUCGCAGUCAACGCACAGACAAGCUGCUGCCCUGCAGACCCCGAACAUGGGCUGCCCCAUGAACAAGCAGAGGAGCUUCUGGUAGAAGAGCACUUAGCUGAAGAGAUAGAGAAGUCAAAAGACACUUUGGACACUCAGUAA